AUGGGACCCCCGUGCAAUAGGGGAUCAUGGGGCCCCGUGUCCUCGCUCACACUCAAACCACACCCAAAAAAGCCUAUGAAAGGUACCAGGGGCAUCUUAUGGGGCCCCCUACUGACCCCGGACCCUCAGGCACUGCCCGAGUGCCUGAAUGGUCAGUCCGCCCCUGCCCAGGGGCGGACUGACAACUCAUGGGACCCCCGGGCAAUAGGGGAUCAUGGGGCCCCUGUGUCCUUGCCCAAACUCAAAAAAGCCUAUGAAAAAGGUACCAGGGUGAUCUCAUGGGGCCCCCUACUGACCCCGGGCCCUCGGGCAGUGCCCGAGUUUCCAAAUGGUCAGUCCGCCCCUGGUCCCAAUACUUUUGGCAAUAUAGUGUAU